UUUGAAAGUGAUGCGCGUAUGGAAGCAGAGGAUGGAUAGACUUUGAGUCUGAAUGUUUGUGUAAAUGUUUUAUUAGGUCAUCUCGGCCUAAAUAUUAUUAUUUUUGUAUAUAGUAAACGCUCAGUUACCUAGUAAAAAAUGGAGCAAGGACUAGAGAUGUCAGCAAUGAUUCCUGCAUUGCAAGAACUAGCCAGUGCUAGUUCGGUUGAGUACAACCAAGCUGUACAGAAACCUCGUCAGAUACUGUGUCAGUUCAUUGACAAGAUACUGACAGAUGUUGAUGUCGUUGCUCUGGAGUUAUGUAAGAAGACCAGUUCUGAGCCAGCGUGUGUGAUGCUGCUGGAUUUUGUGCAGCAUAUUAUUAAAUCCUCUUCAUUAAUAUUCAUAAACCCAGCAUGUCUUUCAGAUCACUUCAAAAACUCAGAGAAUAGCUGCUCUGAUUUUAGUAAAUGGACCAUCAACCGCCUCUUGCGAAUUGCUGCUUGCCCAGAAUGUGAAGAUCUUCACGUGAAGAUCUCGUCAGUCAUCUGUUCCUUGCUUCAUCUUUUCAGAGCCAAGGGUCCAGUCCUAUUUGGCCUUUUUUCCACAGAGCUAAUAUGUUUAAUGCCAGAUCUAGUGCAUAUGAAUCUCAUGGUCAGACCAUCACCACAGUAGCCAGUGGUGCUGGAACGCUUCUCCAUCAGGUCUGGAGAUUCUGCCGUUUACCUGACCCCCACCAUCCUUAAUCUGUCCUCAUAUGCCUCAGCUCAGGCGUUGUUAGUAACUUCAUUAACGGUGCUGACAGAUAUUUUGCAAGGCCUUUUCUUCCCAAGAGAAGUGGCCAUCAUAUGGGACUCUACUUGCCUUAUAAUGUCUCAUGGGAACCCAAGACUCAAGGCAGCAUCCAUGGUGCUUUUAACUCGCAUUGUGACUCUGGGAGGUUUCCCUGAAGACCAUUCACAUCCAUUUUUCUCUGCUUAUUUGCAUCUCCUGGACUCCUUGCCUACUUUUGAGGAGUCAGAGCUCGGUGUCUUUGGCAAGGAAUUCCAGAAGCUCUCCCAAUGUGUUUUCUAUCCUGAGGAAGGCACUCACGGCAGGUUUGAGAGAGUUCAUGUAAAUAUGCUGAUGGAGAGGCUUGAGAAACUGGUGGUUGGUGGGGCACUGGAGCUUUUGAAGGUAAUGGAGGUGAAAGCUACGCUUUGUGAAGUCUUCUGCUUUGUCCUUGAGUUUGUUCCUCUCGGAUACGAGUGUGCAGUGCAGAUCCGGAAGGAGAGAGUCUCAGCCAUUUGCAAAGCUCUGAUUAAGACCAUUGGAACCCAGGACCAGCAGGAGGUAAAGGCAAAGCGUGGAAGGCUACCUGUACGCAGCCCUCAAGACAGAAGCCAUUGCUACAGUGCAGGAUAUACAGGCUGGUGUUUCACAUUCCUUCAGUCUCUCCUCUUACCAUGUGUAUUCAUCUUGUCCACAAUUAGACAGGUGGACAUGAAGAGCAGAAGUGAGGUGUGGGCAGCUGUAGACAGCCGACUGGAUGAGCUACUGACCCAGAUGAGGGACCACAGAGCGAGCCAGUGCGUGAGCACCGUGCAGGGACUGGUGCUCAUCUUCCAUCUGGCUGCACUUUGCUCAAAACACGGACUACAGAGUGGCAGAGGAGAGAAGACAUCAGAGACCUCAGAUGCAGCGCAGCUCAUUUGGUUAAAGCCUCAGAUUUUGGCUGAGGUAGUCGAGAGCUGCCGCACCGUGAUGGCAAACACCUCUAAUGAUGAAGAUCUAAAGCCUCUGGUGGAGGAUCCAGGCUUCCCCUUUCUGCUGCACCACCUAGGAGUCAAAUCCUACAGCCUCAUCCACGAGGUCCUUCUGAACAGACUCCAGGACAGCUCAACACAAGUGAAGACGGAGCUGGCUGGUAUUACGGGGCAAUAAUAUGAGAGCUCGCAACUGCAGGUCCCUCAGGAGACGAUGCCAUCCCAUGAGCUGCUCUGUGCUGGUCUCAGCAUUUCAGACUCCCACCCCAGCCAGACCUCCUCCAUCGGAGCCUCCAUCCUCACCCAAUUCCUUCUGCUGCUCAAACCUGUGGAGGACAAGAAGGUCAAGCAAGCUUUCAUCAGGAAUAUACGGCACUUGUUUAAGCAUGUGGAUCUGGGUAACUGUGACCCUGACACAAAAUCUCUGGUUAGCGCAUUAGUCAACCUCAUUGAAGACCCUGACCAGGAAGUCCGCAUAAAGUUCGGCCAAAAUAUCAAGAAUCUUCUGGAGUUUUGGAAUGGAAAUGGCUUCCUGAAGGAGCUUCUUGUGUCCAGGCUAAAAGAAGCUUAUACAAGUGCAAAGACCUCCCGAAACAAUGAACUCAAAAACACACUCAUAUUAACCACUGGAGAAAUUGGGAGAGCUUCUGAAGGGAACCUGGUGUCUUUUGCUCUGCUUCGUCUUCUGCACUGCCUGCUGUCCAAGUCUAAUCCUGUAUCGGUAGCAGCCUACACAGAGAUCCAGGCUUUGGCCACCUGUAGAGACCUAAAACUGCAGUCCUUCUUCAAUCAGUACAGGAACCCAAUAUACCAGUUCUUGGUGGAGUCUUUGCAUUCACGACAUGUGACGGCUCUGCGCUGCACACCAGAUCAGAGCAGCGAGGCUCUGCAGGAGGAAGCGGCUCAUCAGAGAGAGCUGGCACUGGACAUUCUGUCUCAUGUGGCACAUGUCUUUGAUUUUCCUGACCUUAAUCGUUUUCUCAAUCGGACACUACAGGUCCUUCUUCCCUUUUUGGCAGCCAAGGCCAGUCCUACAGCUUCUGCCCUGAUCCGCACUAUUGCCAAGCAACUGAAUGUCAACCGCAGAGAAAUGCUCAUCAAUAACUUCAAAUAUAUAUUCUCCCAUCUUGUGUGUUCCUGUACCAAGGAGGAGCUGGAGAGAGCCUUUCACUACCUUAAGAAUGAAACCGAAAUUGAAUUGGGCAGUCUGCUGAGACAGGAUUUCCAGGGUCUUCAUAAUGAGCUGCUCUUGCGUCUAGGAGAACACUACCAGCAGGUCUUUAAUGGACUUGCUAUUUUAGCUUCUUUCACCUCCAGUGACGACCCCUACCAGGGCCCAAGAGAAAUCACCACCCCAGGACGCAUGGCAGAUUAUCUGCAGCCCAAGCUCCUGGGCAUUCUGGCUUUCUUCAACAUGCAGCUAUUGAGCUCUAGUGCUGGAGAGAAAGAGAAAAAGAAAAUGGCUCUGAACAGUUUAAUGGCCCUGAUGAAGCUAAUGGGUCCAAAGCACAUCAGCUCAGUCCGAGUGAAGAUGAUGACAACACUCAGAACUGGCCUGAGGUACAAGGACGACUUCCCAGAGCUCUGCUGCAGGACGUGGGACUGUUUCGUGUGCUGUCUUGACCCGUCUUAUCUGGGUCCGCUUCUGAGUCAUGUAAUCGUUGCUCUAUUACCUCUCAUCUCCAUCCAACCUAAAGAGACGGCAGUGAUCAUGCACUACCUCAUAGUGGAGAACAGGGAGGAAGUGCAAGACUUUCUUCAUGAAAUCUACUUCCUCCCUGACCACCCAAAACUGAAAAACAUUCACAAGGUCCUUCAAGAUUACCGUAAGCAAACCUCAAAGAGCACUGACAUGCAGGCAGCGCUGCAGCUCUCCAUGCGGGCCAUCCAGCAUGAGAAUGUGGACGUACGCGUCCAUGCACUCACCAGCCUGAAGGAAAUGAUAUACAAGAACCAGGAUGCUCUGUUAAAGCAUGUCUUGGACAGUGAGAUGGUUGAGCCAGUGAUCUCUCAGUUAGUGACAGUGUUGCUCCGGGGCUGCCAGGACGUCAAUCCUGAAACCAGGCUUUUGUGUGGGGAAUGCCUGGGGGAGUUGGGAGCCAUUGAUCCCGGUCGACUUGAUUUGUCACCCGCUGACACUCAGGGAGCUGGCUCAACAUUUGUGAGUGGGAUUGACGAUCCAAACUUUGCCUAUGAACUACUGACAGAGCUGACCAGAGCCUUUCUAGCCUAUGCAGAUGAUGUGAGAGCUCAAGAUGCUGUGGCUUACGCCAUGCAGGAGCUGCUGUCAUUAUUUGAAUGUCGGGAGGGCAGGCCAGGUCGCCGUCUAUGGAGAAGAUUCCCAGAGCAGGUUCAGGAAAUCCUGGAGCCGCAUCUCAAUACCAGGUAUAAGAGCUCUCAGAAGGUGGUGAACUGGUCUAAGUUGAAAAAGCCUAUAUAUCUUACCAGCCGUGGAAGCAAAUUCUCUGACUGGUCUGCAACAUGGGCAGGAUAUCUCAUCAGUAAAGUUAGACAUGAACUUGCUGGCAAAGUGUUCAACUGCUGUAGCUAUAUCAUAAAGCAUGAUUACAAAGUGACCAUCUAUCUGCUGCCCCAUAUUUUGGUCUAUGUGCUGAUUGGAUGCACUCAGGAGGAGCAGCGAGAGGUGAAUGAAGAGAUGAUGGCAGUCCUAAAGGAGGGUGACCCGCGGUUAAUGCGACUGCAGGAGAACGCCUCCAGUCUGAGUCAGCUCAGCACACAAACCGUCUUCUCCAUGCUGGACCACCUCACUCAGUGGUCCCGCCACAAGCUGGAGAGUCUGAGUACCAACAAGAGGCCAGGCAAACAUGCCAGAGAGCAGCUGCAGCCACAGGUCACUUGCCCAGAGAGCAGUGAGUAUCAAAGUGUAGUGGCCUUUCUAAACAGCAUUCCUCAGGAUGUGCUGGCCAAGGCAUCCUUCCGCUCCAGAGCCUACACACAUGCUGUCAUGCACUUUGAGUCUUUUAUCCGUGAGAAGAAGCAGAACAUUCAGCACCAUCUUUCAUUCCUCCAGACUAUGUAUGCGGCCAUGCACGAGCCAGAUGGCGUGAGGGAUGUGAAUACUCUGAGGAAAGAGGAGCCAUCAUUGAGAGAGCAGAUCCUGGAGCAUGAGAGCAUUGGAGUACUGCGUGAAUCCACUGCCUGCUAUGACAGAGCCAUCCAACUUGAGCCAGACCAGAUUGUCCAUUAUCAUGGUGUUAUGAACUCUAUGUUGGGUCUUGGCCAACCCUCUACAGUAAUAACCCAGGUCAAUGGAGUUCUGGCCAGCAGGCCACGAUGGAAGUCCGAUCUGAAUGCGUACCGGGUCGAGGCAGCAUGGAUGCUGUCAAAGUGGGACUUAGUUGAGGACUAUCUUGCCUCUGAUUGUAAGUCCAGCACAUGGGGUGUCAGACUUGGCCAAAUGUUGCUGGCUGCCAAGAAGCAAGAUUCCGAGGCAUUCUAUGAAAUUAAAAUAGCCAGGAAAGAACAAGUCGUCCCUUUAUCAGCAGCCAGUUUUGAGUGUGGCACCUAUCAGAGAGGAUACUCGUACAUUGUCAGGCUGCACAUGCUGUGUGAGUUGGAGCAUGCCUUCACUGAGCUGCAGAAGGAAAGCACAGAAAAAAAGCCUGAGCCCAAACUCAACUGGGACGCCCGCCAACUUAUGGCCCAAAACUCAUUCAGAGCCAAGGAACCCAUCCUGGCCCUGCGGAGAGCUCUUCUCAAUCUCAGCAAGGGUUCUUCAUGUGAGGAGCAGGUUGGUGAGUGCUGGCUGCAGAGCGCUCGUGUGGCCAGAAGAGCUGGUCAUCACCAAACAGCUUUCAACGCCCUGCUCAAUGCUGAAAACUCCCACCUCUCUGAGCUCUUCAUCGAGAAAGCCAAAUGGCUCUGGUCUAAGGGUGAUGUGCAUCAGGCUCUGAUAGUCCUGCAGAAAGGUGUGCAGCAGUGUUUUCCUGAUGACCAACCACUCGCGGACCCAAAGAAAAUCCAGAUAAAAGGGAAUGCCAUGCUGCUGGUGGGCAGAUGCAUGGAAGAUACGGCCAACUUUGAAAGCAAUGCUAUAAUGAAAACUUAUAAGGAUGUCACACAUCUGUUACCAGAAUGGGAGGAUGGUAACUUCUACCUGGCCAAAUACUAUGACAAGGUGAUGCCCAUGGUCACUGACAACAAACUGGAAAGACAGGGCAACCUCAUCCGUUAUAUCGUCACAUAUUUUGGAAAAGCCCCGCAGUUUGGCAAUCAGUACAUCUAUUAAGCCAUGCCGAGAAUGCUAACCUUAUGGCUAGACUUUGGAGCCAAAGUUUAUGAGUUUGAAAAAGCUGGCCGCUCUGACCGAGCCCAAAUGCGUGCUGAGCUCACUAAGAUCAAUUCUGUCAUCAGCGAACACACCAGCAACCUCUCGCCCUACCAGUUCCUCACAGCCUUCUCACAGCUCAUCUCCCGAAUCUGCCACUCCAAUAACGAGGUCUUUGCUGUGCUCAUGGAGAUUGUGGCCAAAGUUUUCUUGGCUUACCCUCAACAAGCUAUGUGGAUGAUGACGGCUGUGUCAAAGUCCUCCUAUUCAACUCGAAUGAACAGAUGUAAGGAGAUCCAGAAGAAGGCUGUCAGUUUGAAUGAGUCAUUUGGGAAAUUUAUAGGAGAUGCCAACAGACUGACUGACAAGCUGGUGGAGCUCGGCAAUAAACCAGUGGAUGGGAACAGCAGCACCCUCAGCAUGAGUGUACACUUCAAAAUGCUGAAGAAACUGGUGGAAGAGCCCACCUUCAGUCAGAUCCUCAUCCCCCUGCAGUCUGUCCUUAUACCCACCCUACCUUCCACUGGAGGAGCCAACCCCAAACACGAUGCCUUUCCAGGACACUGGGUCUACCUCGCUGGCUUCGAUGACACAGUAGAGAUCUUGGCAUCCUUGCAGAAGCCAAAAAAGAUCUCGCUCAAGGGCUCUGAUGGAAAGUUCUACACCAUGAUGUGCAAACCUAAAGAUGACCUGAGGAAAGAUUGCCGCCUGAUGGAGUUCAACUGUCUCAUUAAUAAGUCUUUGAGGAAAGAUGCAGAGUCUAGACGGAGGGAUUUGCACAUUCGGACAUACGCGGUCAUCCCUCUGAAUGAAGAGUGUGGCAUAAUAGAGUGGGUCAACAACAUGGCGGGGUUACACCACAUCCUCACGAAGCUGUAUAAAGAGAAAGGGAUCUAUGUCAGUGGGACAGAGCUGCGAAAGCUGAUUUUGCCAAAAACAGCAUCUUUUCAGGAGAAGCUGAAACUGCACAAAGAUGUGCUGUGUGCCAGACACCCACCAGUUUUUCACGAGUGGUUCCUACGGACGUUUCCUGAUCCCACCUCUUGGUACAACAGCAGGUCUGCUUACUGUCGCUCUACUGCGGUCAUGUCUAUGGUGGGCUAUAUUCUUGGCCUUGGCGAUUGCCAUGGAGAGAACAUUUUGUUUGACUCCCUAACUGGCGAGUGUGUCCAUGUGGACUUCAACUGCCUCUUUAACAAGGGAGAGACAUUUGAUGUUCCUGAGGUGGUUCCCUUCCGGCUCACUCAGAACAUGGUUCAUGCGAUGGGGCCGAUGGGCACAGAGGGCUUCUUCAGACAGGCCUGUGAAGUCACACUCAGACUCAUGAGGGACCAGAGAGAGCCACUCAUGAGUGUUUUAAAAACAUUCCUGCAUGAUCCUUUGGUAGAGUGGAGUAAACCUGUCAAGGGUUCCUCUAAGACACAAGUCAAUGAAUCUGGAGAGAUCCUCAAUGAGAAGGCUAAAACUCAUGUUCUGGACAUAGAGCAGCGUCUUCAGGGAGUGAUCAAGAACAGGAAUAAAGUGAUGGGCCUGCCUCUGUCCAUUGAGGGCCAUGUACACUACCUCAUUCAGGAAGCCACGGAUGAUAACCUCCUGUGCCUCAUGUACCUUGGAUGGGGUCCUUAUCUGUGAUCGACAUUUGCACUUCAGAGUUGGAGAGCAUAAU